GUGGUGCGAUUGUGUGUCCCACGCGUAUCCAACAAUCUCUUGGGACCACUGGAAGCUUUUGUCUCUCUCCUCCCUGCUCCAACGCAAGUGCCACCAGUUUUUGCCUGCUCACUUGCUCGUUCACUUUUUCGUUCGCUCGAACUCUCGCUGAGCUGAAUCGGUCGGGACGUCGUAUGCUCAAUGAGCGCUUUUGCUGUUUUAAUUUUUGCCUGAAAUACAUUUUGAGCUAAUUUGGUAUUUUUAGUUUUGUUUAUACCGUCGCUUGUGUUGGUGUCAUUUCGUAAGCGAAAGCUCGUUUAGCACGUAUUUAAAAGAAUUAAAAUUAAAAACUGAUUGGUGUAGGCGAUAUAAAAGAACAGGCGGAACGCUACCGCACGUACAUAUACCAAUGUAAAUAGAUAUGUAUGUAUGUCAUUGCAAAGUAAAAAAAUUGUCUUCAGUGCGUGAAGUACGAGUUUAAUUACUACCCAACUUCAACGGUUCGUCUAUUGCUGGUCGUUUUUGAUUCGGGUCUGACAGCUUAAUGGUCGGGAAUAGAACGACGCGUGGACAUGUACCAGCCAACUUUCCAGCCAUCAGUCGAUCCGAGAAAAGAAAAGCUCAAGAAAAUCAUGCCUAUAUUUCCCUGAUAAAUCGCAUACAAACCACUCAAAGCGUGUUCUGCCUUGCCGAUCGGCGGGGUGCCUGCCAGGCAAACGAAAUUUAGUUAAAUUCGCAACACAUCAAGGGCACAUAGGGCAGAACGGUGGCGGGGCGACUGCGACGGCGGCGCGAGAUGGAAAACUAUAAUUGUAUUGCAUAUGUUCUCGUGCAUGUUGAUGUGUCCGUCUUUGUUCGUGUGGAUUUGUUCUAAGCCGUAUUUUUUGAUAUUGUGCAUACUGUUCCCGCGCGCCUCUUGGCACACUCAUUUUUUUCUAUUUUUUCCGUGUACGUAUAUGACAGUUUUUAAAGAAGUGCAAAAUGGUUGCAGGUCGGCUACUGCCCAACUGUUGCACUCAUCGCUUUUGCAAUCCAAACGAAACCGAAAUUAAACCAAACAAAAUCUCCCCCAAAAUAGUGUACUCCUUUUAGCGAUAUGCUUCUACUGAAUAAUCAUUUUAUCAAAUAUGUACGUAGCUGUAUGUAGCUGCUUUUACCCUUCGAUUUAUAUUCCAUUCAAUAGCAUAGACAUUACACGACGUUCGCGGAGCAAUAAUUAAAUACAGAUGUAUGUAUGUAUGUAUAUACACUUAUAGAUAUGUAGUCAAGCUUCAAACGGGAAAGGAACAGACAGCGACACCUGUAAUGUAUGUGGAACUAUUAGGAUGACACCCACACCACAAGAUACAUAUGUAUCUAUAUUGUAUAUUCAUGUAAAAUAAUGCAUGUGCACCUAUACGUAUUCGCAAAUGUGCAAACAUAUGUACAUACAUACAAAUAUAACGCAUUGAAACAUUUUCAAGAAUUUUGCUGCUUUAGCACUGGAACCAACAGUAACAGCCAGAGAAGUUUUUCGUUGACGUACAGUUAAUUAUUUUAUAUACAUACAUAUGUACAUCGGAUACGUACUUACAUAUGUAGCACAUAAUACUGUGAAAAAAUAGCAAGAAAAAUAGCCAUGAAAACUUGCAAAUCUUAAUGUUAUACAUGAUUUCCAAGUGGUAUUAAAUUACAAAAGCAACAAAUCAAAACAAAAACAAGAGGCAUAUCAAGUGGCUUCACAGACAGUCGAACCUUUUUGUAUACUGGUGAUCUCGACAUCGUAAUCGCAAUCGUAAUCGCAAUCGUAAUCGUAAUCGUCAUCGUGGCCGCAGUCUGUGUCUCCAGCUUGCUACAAGCGUUAGUAUAGGAGCGACAAGAACACAAGGAACUAAUGAAAUAACUAAUUGAAAGGAGUCCAUCCAAACUCGAAAAGUUCCCUCAAGAAGGGUUCAUGAGAUUCGGAGUCAUUUUCACCAAGUCAGUGCGGUACGGCAGUGCCUACGCCGACGGCAAAUGGUCAAAGCAAACGACAAAGUUUUGAUUCUAUGUGCUGGUUUUUGGAUGCCGCUGCCAACCCACGGUUUUGACUGUUCUACUAUUUUACUUUUGUGCACGGCAGUAACUUUUGUGUUUCUUCAUCGAAAGCGUAAAGUGAUACAAAACAAAUACAAAGAAGAAUCAAGGUACUGGUAGAUGCGACAACGACCUUGGAUUGAAAGCCGACGCCAAUGAAGGUUUUUAGUGAAAAUUCAUGUAAUGUGUAAUCAAUUAAUUGAGUAAUCCGCCUGAAUACUUACUCAGUUAAAUGAAAGCGGCGUCAAGAGCCAUAUGGGUCUCAACAUAAGCUGGAAAAACUAAAAUUGCAAUAAAAUCCAGAAAUUGAAUCCACUUAAUUGAAUCCACGCCAACAUCAUGGACUGUGAUUACUCAAAAUUCUUGUACAAAAUCGGACCCGGCACCAUACCAUCUCCGUGGACCCCAGUGAAUGCCGGUCCUCCAGGUGCACUAGGUUCGGCAGACACAAAUGGAAGUAUGGUGGAUAGUAAAAACUUGGAUGUUGGUGAUAUGAGCGAUGAUGAAAAGGAUUUAUCGUCUGCCGAUGCUGAGGGCGUUUGGAGUCCAGAUAUUGAACAGAGCUUUCAAGAGGCAUUAUCUAUAUAUCCACCAUGUGGACGUAGAAAAAUUAUUUUGUCGGACGAGGGAAAAAUGUAUGGUCGCAACGAGCUUAUUGCAAGGUACAUUAAACUGCGUACUGGCAAGACGAGAACCCGCAAGCAAGUUAGCUCGCACAUCCAAGUGCUCGCCAGGCGGAAACUGCGGGAAAUUCAAGCGAAAAUCAAAGUCGAACCCAAUGGUGUGUCCCUGCAUUUAUUAAAUGGCAAAGAUCAGACUCUGCAAGCCAUGAGCACGAUGACUAGUUCACAAAUCGUAUCUGCCCAAGCAGCCAAUAAUCUGGCACUGGCUGCUUCAGCGCUGUCCGUGGGUAUGCACCACUCGAAGCAUCACCCACAUCCUGCUCACCAACACCAGAUGGGUGUAGCUGCCGCAGCAGCAGUAGCUGCUGCAGCGGCAGCAGCCGCAGCAGUAGUGUGUCAGCCGACAUUAGGUGCUGCUGCUGGGCCCUGUUCUACGUCAGUCUCAAAGCCGCCGCUAAAUUCGUCGUCCUCACAGCGACAAUGUGCCCACUCUCACCAAAACCAUUCCCAUCACAAUCUGACACACCUCCCGCAUAGUCAUAUGCAUCCCCAUCAUCACCAGAAUGCGGCGGCCGUUGCAGCAGUGUACCACUUUCAGCAGCACCAAAAACACCAGCAGCAAAGUGGGCCAAGCGAGCCUGUCGUAGCCGCAGUAUCACCGAUUCUUGAUGUCUCAAUCACGAGUCAGGGCAUGACACCAACACAAUCCCAGCCAUUACACCAUCCGCCGUUGUAUCCGGGCCAAUUUUGGCAGCCUGGACUGCAGCCCAGCACCUCGCAAGAUUUCUAUGAUUACAGCAUCAAGCCGUUCGCACAGCCACCAUAUCCUGCGGGUAAACCAUCAACGGCCGUGUCCGGGGAGAUCGAAGCUGGUAUUCCGUCCGCACAAUUGCCAUGGGAGGGGCGCGCUAUUGCUACGCACAAAUUCCGCUUACUAGAGUUCACUGCGUUCAUGGAAAUCCAACGAGAUGACAUGUUAACCUUGCAGUAUAACCGCCACCUUUUUGUGCAACUCGGCGGCAAGCCAUCAUUCUCCGAUCCGCUACUUGAGACAGUUGAUAUCCGACAAAUAUUUGACAAAUUUCCGGAAAAGUCUGGCGGGCUGAAAGAUCUCUAUGAAAAGGGUCCGCAAAAUGCAUUUUACCUGGUAAAGUGCUGGGCUGACUUAAAUACCGAUAUUACGACAGGCAGCGAAUCGGGUGAUUUUUAUGGGGUAACGAGCCAAUAUGAAAGCAAUGAGAACAUCGUGCUGGUAUGUUCGACGAUUGUGUGCUCAUUCGGCAAGCAAGUGGUGGAGAAAGUAGAGAGCGAGUACUCACGACUGGAAAAUAAUCGCUACGUCUACCGCAUCCAGCGUUCACCUAUGUGCGAGUACAUGAUUAAUUUCAUACAGAAACUUAAAAAUUUACCCGAACGUUACAUGAUGAACAGCGUGCUAGAGAACUUUACAAUAUUACAAGUAAUGCGAGCGCGAGAGACGCAAGAGACUCUUCUAUGCAUAGCGUAUGUUUUUGAAGUGGCAGCGCAGAAUAGCGGCACCACGCACCACAUUUACCGUCUUAUAAAGGAAUAGCAAGAGCUGCGUGAAGC